ACAGAAAACAACUGAUGCGUUUUGGUUGUUGUUGCUUUUUGUUCGACCGCGGCCCGAGAGGAGCACCCAGUUUUCAUCUGUCAACUUUUUUCCGCAGGAACGGUCGGGACGUCCGAGAACGGAGUGAAAAACUGCUAAAUUUUGCUGAAAAUAUAAAAUCAACGCAAAACGGGACGGUUCAGAGCGAGGACAAAGAAGAACCUCUCGAGGAUGGCAUCCCUGAAGGAUUGGGACGUGCUCCGGUUGACGACGUUGAUUACGAACGUGGACGCGAAGCUGUCGGCGAGCACCAAGACCGAUGGGGACUUUCAGAUUCUUUGUUUAGUCCGGAGGAACGAUCAGAUUCUGUUCCGGUACAUCGAUGGGAAGGGGGAGGUGCACUUGAUGCUGAUUUGCUGGUUCGCCGAGAACCGAAAGUGCAUUCAGGACAUUUCGUUUGAUACCACGGGAAGCUGGCUGCUGGUGUUUUGCUACGACAACACGCUCCACAUCGUUCCCGCCCUUUCGAUCUGCGACAAGUCCAAACCGGCGGACGCCACCUUCAACACGGACGAAAUCACCUCCUUCAUCGUCCCGUUCAUCGGCCCGCACGAGUGCCCAAACCCACAAACAUGCCCCAACAAUUCGCACAACCUUUCGACGAGCGCCUCCUCGGUGGGCUCGCAUCGCUCCUCGAUCGCCUCCAACGGCAGUUCAAAGUCAAGCAGCUUGAGCUCGGAACUGCCGGCAGCGCCCGUCUCCGCCAUGAAGCGGUCCGACUCGUGCUACACGACGCACAAGAUUGACGAGAUCUACUCGCUGAACAGCAUCUACAACAAGCUACAGGAGGGCGGCGAGCAGGAAAAGCAGGACGUCGCUGCGACAACGCCCAUUGCCAUGAAGACGAUCGAGAACUUUUUCGAGAAGGAAGUGGGUGGGGCGAGCAGUCCGGGCCAGGAGUGUCCGACGAGCGGGACGCUCAGUUCGAGCAUCGAGUCGACGGUGUCGGCGUCGUGUCCGUAUCCGACGUGCUGCAGCUGGUGGAAGACGUUGACGAAUGAACCGCGGGCGAUUCUGGGCUAUUCGGAUGGGUCGAUUUGCGUGGUAGCGCUGACGCCGAAUUGUCCCUUUUUGGGGAAUACGAACUGUGAGCGCGGGUCGAUCGAGAAGUUGGUGAUCUGUCAAGACAAUAGCAUGGAGACGAUCAGCUUGAUGAUUAAUACUUCGACGAAAGAGCAGUGGAAGCUGCUGUUGGAGCAGAACUCGAUCAAGUACGUGUUCCCGGGGGACAUUUCGCCGACGUCGAGUCAAGAGUUGAAGGCGGAGAUGUUGAAGUCGUUUGGGGAUGAGCGAUCCGACUCGGGGACGAUUGACGACUGGCAGAUUGUGGUAUCGCUGCCGAGGGAGGGCGAUCAACAGCAGGACGUGGCUGGGGAGAAGGGAUCUAGUCCGAGCGGAUCGGAACCACAGUCGAGUGACGACUUUGAGAAGGUUGAGGGUGAGGGGACGUCUGGGGAAGAUCAGCAGAGUUCGCUGCCGAAGCUGUUUCCAGCGGCACGAGCUCGGUUGAUGUCGCUGCGCGACUUGGGAGCCAAGAAGAUCGGCACGUUGAAGCUAAAGCUGUCGGAGAGCCGGAGUAAAAUGAAGGAAAAGGAGCGGGUAAAGGAGCAGACCGCGAACUUGGCGGUGAUGGAGCUUCCCGGCAUGUAUCCGGAGAUUCUGACGACCCCGGCCGGACCGUACUUCGUGGUCCAGUACAUGGACGGUAAAUAUCUGCUUAGCGCACUGCACUCCUACUCGGACACCCUGUCCGUACACAGCAUGGACAUCAGCCUGAUCCCGUUACAUAUCUACAAGGUGCCAAAGCAGUGCAAGACCACGGUCCUCACCAAGAACGUCAUCUACGUGCAGCACAACCUCAGCCUAGCGUCCGGCAAGACCACGGAAAGCACCAACUCGUCCCCCGGCGAAGCGGCGUCCAACGCAGAGGAAGAAGCGUCGGUAGCUGCCGGAGAUCGUCGCGGCACCGACAGCAGUAUAGAAGAUCUCAACAGCUCGCGGCAGGACGACGAUCUGUCGACGGAGACGACCAACACGGACUCCGUGAAUGCGGUGUCGGUCGUCAGCUGUCAGAUGGCCGCAAUGAAGAUGGGUGAUGACUGCGACUUUAACGAGCACGCCAUGCUGGCGCUGUUCCAGUUUCCGGAAGAGAAGGUGCUGGCCAUUCAUCGGGUUAGUUCGCUCGGGGAGGAGGGCAAGGACGCGGAAGAGGUUAAACAGAACGCGACUGAGGAUGGUGGUGACGGGAGAUCUGUCUUCAAUAAGUCAACCGUUUCAAACUAUCUGAAGAUGCAGCGAAGUCUCCGGAUGGACAAGAAGUUGGAGACUAAUGAGGCUCAGGUAAUGGUUGGGGCGUUCCCGCGGGUAGAGUUCGAUAAAGCCGUUGUCGUUACGGACAAGAACCUGUACUCGAUCGAGUUGAACGACACAGCUCGUCAGCUGUUCCUCAAGCUAGCACACAAGUCCCUUUGGGCACCCUGCGAGGACUUUUGCACGACCUUUAACCUCCCGCUAGCAACCUGCGUAGAAUACGCCGGCGACGUUCUGCUCAAACGUCGCAAAAUCACCGAAGCCCUGAUGACCUACAACGUGGCCAGGCUCUCCCCCAUGAAGACCGCACUUAAACUAGCCCAAGUCAACGAGAACGGCGCCCUCAUGAAGCUCUGCUCGAUGGCCCUCCGUAACUCGCACAUCAUCAACAGUCAGUUCGUGAUGCACGACGUCAUGCGAUUCCUCGUCGACGAGGCCCACCUCGGCAACGUCGUCUACGACUCGCUUAUGAACCUCAACGCCAAGGUCUCCCUCAAACCCAUCAACGCCGGCGCCCAGUGCAGCGACUACUCGUACGAAAACGACGACGUCUCCUGGGACGUCCAAAUCUCAACCACGGCCCAGUUCCACCUCUCCAACCUCAUGCUCCUAACCCUCUGCGAACGAUGCGUCCAGGACAAGAACUACAUCCCGCUGUGGAACUUUAUCGUCACCAACAGCAAGUACCACACCAGCCUCGCUUGCAUCGUCCUCGCCCAUGGCAAACUCUAUUCCUCGGCCGUCCUGCUCGCAAUGACCCGCGGCACCUGCCUGGACGUGUUCUCCUGCCUGAUCGGCAUCUGGGAACAACUCUCCGACAACCACGCCGAAAUGAAUACCUACGUGUACAACCUCUCCAACGAACUCUUCAUGGAAACCCUCAUCUACCUGCAAGAGUACACCAUCAACUACUUCGAAAUGAUCCGCACCUGUCUCGACACCUUCGACAUCAAUGUCCUCGAGCGGCUCAUCCACCAGCUCAACCCCUUCCACCCCAUCUACCGACCCCUCCUCCACAAACUCUCCAACCACGACAGCGCAUCGCGCGAACUCGACAAAACCCUGCUCCUCUUCUGCAAGUCGCUCAUCGAAACGUUCCUCGCCGUGUCGAUCCGCGCCCAGCUGCUCAAGCUGCACACCUCCAACAGCUUCCUGAACGCCCUCCGUCACGUCCGUGUCCACUACGACGAACGCCUGGUAGAGAUGCGCCUGCGGCAGUUUUCUCCCAUCUCUGCCGGAUUCUCGCACGCCGGUUGCGUCUUGAACAAGGUCGCGUACUUGUGGGGAUCGAACGGGGUGAACUGUGCGCUGAGUAGGACGUCGCUGCAGGGAGAUCCGCUCGGGGCGAACGGGUAUCCGCCGCAUGCGGCGUUCAUCAAGCAGCUGGAUCUGGAAGUGCUGGGCGUGCAGUGUGGCCGACUGCACACGCUGCUGCUGACGAGCAAUGGGAUCUACUCGAUGGGCGCCAACAACCUGGGUCAGCUCGGCAUCGGAAGCCACGUAAUAAACGCGCUGCAGCCGAUGCUGGUACAGGCGCUGGACGGGAAGAACGUAACGCACAUGUGUGCCGGCCAGUACCACAACGCCGUGAUUGCCAACGGACUGCUCUACACUUGGGGUUGGGGCAUUUUCGGACAACUGGGACACGGAACCGUCGCGGACUGUCCGAAGCCAAAGGUGGUCGAGUUCUUCCGGAAGAAGAACAUUCAACAAAUCGCACUUGGGCACGCACACACGUUGGUGCUCUGCAAGCAGGACGCCAACACGCGGAACGUCCUGUACGUGUUCGGAUCCAACCACUACGGUCAGCUGGGUCUCGGUCAGGAGGACAAGUUCAACGUGACUGUGGACACCCGGAACGGAAAGUCGUUCGUGCUUUCGCUGGUACCUCGUCGGGUAGAGCUCGGUGAAGAAAUCAGUCUCAUCACCACAAAGUUGUUUGUAAACCUCGUCCUAACCGCCAGCAACAAGCUGUACACGUGGGGAGCGUCCCCACAAGCGCUUCGCUUAGCCACCCAAGCCCGCAAGCGGGCCAAAUCAUCCCACAAGAGUCGUUCGGCUACGCCGAGCCACACAACUCAACAGCCUGCGAAGCAGGCAGAACCCGCAGUCACUACUGAUCCUGCUCCGGCUGUCUCACCGACAGCUGCUACCUCUAGUCAGGCGGAUGCCGAACCGUCGUCUUCGACUUUGGCAACGCCGGAAGAUCAACCGCCGCAAGUGGCAAGCGGCGAGGAGAAGGAUACGGUGCCCGUUGUUCCGAUUCCGGACAUCAAGAUUGAGGAUACCUCGGGGGAUGAGCCGAAGCCGCCGACAUCGGAGCAAGGAGAAGCGAAGCCGGCCGAAGCGGCGUCGGCUGGGGAAGAAAUUGCCGAGCAUCUGUAUCCGGCUCAGGUCGAUACGACGCUCGUGCAGGACGAUAUCGUGAGGAUCUCCAGCGGCCUGUACCACUUUGCGCUGGUCACGGCCAAGUCGCACGUGUACACCUGGGGCAAGAACAUCGAGCGGCAGCUGGGUCGCGAAGGAGGUCGCAACGAGGUGCUCAUCCCGACCCGGUUGGACCACGUGGCGGGCGUUGAAUACGUCGAGUGCGGCGCCGAUUUCACGCUGAUCAUGACCGAGGACGGGGUGGUCAAGUCUUGGGGUAACAAUAAUUUGGGCCAGUGUGCGAAGGAGAUCAACCAGGAGCGGAGCGGAGUUCCGGGUAAGCUGGUGCGGUUGCCGAUUUCGAACCGGUUGGUGCGCAUUCCGGACAGUUCGCAGUUUAUCGAGUUGCCGCACGAGAUAAGGCUGCCUGCUAGCGAUGGGAGUCACGAGCCGGGUGGUCAGGUGUUGCGGUUAAUCAAGUCUAUGCCAAAGUUUAGGCGGGGUUUCGUGCAGAAGAGCACGCUGGAGAAGGUGAUUAAUAAUAACAUUUCGACGAUCAGUUCGAGCUUGAACGAUGUUAGCAAUACGACCGAGUUGGAGGACUUUGUUGGGGAGUUGCGGACGGAGUACGAUUGUAGACUUCAGAACCAGAACGCUAGUACGAUGUCUUCGCUGCAGUCGGUUUCGUACGCGACUUCGCCGAUCGUGACGGAUGACGACGAGGAUGGGAUGGAGGAGAUGGACGAGCAGGAACAGGAGUCGGAACAGUCGUCAAGGUUGUUCAACGAGCGUCAUCUGCUGAGCAACGACUUUAUUCACUAUUGUUUGUACAUCUUCCACGGGCUGUACAGUCAGGACAACAUUCUGGAGUUGACGAAGCGUUGCAACGAGUACCACAUCCGGAUGAUGAUGCUUAACUACGACUACGUUGAAGCGUUCCACUUGAUCUUGGAGCAGCUAUCCGGGUCGAUGUCCUCAUCGGCGUCCCCAGCGGCAAUCGCCAAAACCACCAUGAAUCUGGUCAAGAUCUUCGAGUACUUUACCAAAGACUCCUCCAUCAUCCCGAUGGACACCGCCAACUUCAAGUACUUUAUCUACGAGCUGUUCAUGUUCUUUGUCAAGCACAACAUCUCCCUCGACGUUCUGGAAGAGUACUUCCUGCGCAACCUCGACUACUACCUGCUCCAGCUGGCCUUCGUCCUGUACUUUAGCAACACAAACAACCUCUCCAGCGGCCUCCGCACCAACGUCGAUCCCGCCACGCUGGAACUCGAGCGCAAACUCCUUGACAAGUUCAACAAUAACGGCAACAACCUGCUCGCGACGGCGGAAACUUUCGGCGGCGGUUCCUCCAGUUCGUCUAGCCCCGGUUCCCAGUCGGCGGCCCGCGUCGUUCGCAAGCUGGAAAAUACCGAAGCCAUCGCGCGUGCCCUCUCGACUAAGUUCAGCGUGCUGCUCUGCCAGAAGCUGAUCGAACACUUUGAACGCAACAAAUGACUGGGGCUUGACGACGAGGAGAGGUCGCGUUAGACAGAAAAAAAGCAGCACGUACUUACGCAGAAUUGCACACGAUUGUGUUUGUAGCGAGAAUAGCUGAAUUUAUAUAUUUAUUUGUGAAUACUUUCUUUGUAUUUUUUAAGUGAACAGCGGCGAUCAAACCGGACGAUAUUUAUUUGCAUCAAACACGAUUAUUUGUAUACAAUUUGAUUAUGAAAAGAGCUAUUGUAAUUGUACACACAGACAAACACUCAAACUUUAAACUGUUGCUAGUUUCAGUAAAGUUUCUUGGAAGAAAUUGAAAGACUGAACAUCUUAACAAAACAAAAAAGAACGGAAGCACACUAAGAACAAAACUACAAAACAACGCUACUCAUCAACAACUACUUUACUUAUAACUUAUAUUUAUAUUAACUAGUUUGUAGCAAAAACAGUCAGCAUAUUAUUAUCCUUCAUCCUAGGCAAGCAAUAGUAGAAUCUACAAAACCUUUUUACGGAACUGAAAACGGGGCGGUGUGCGCGCGAUGGCACACAACACUAGUCAAAGCCAAAAUUGAGAGUAAGAAUUGGCAAGGGAAGACGAUUUGUGACUUUUUCGGUUGCAUGAUUGAAGUGCUUUUAAAUAAAUCAAAUAAAUAUGAUAAUACAAUUUUGUAUUGUUAAAAAAUUUCAUCUUAAAUAAUGGUACUGAAAAAAAAACUUUCAAAAAAUGAAGAAAGAUAUGGUAAAUUUGAAUCAUGAUAUUUCAAGACCAGAUUUUUUAAUGAAUUUUGAUAAUCAUACAACACUUUCACCAAAUAUCAAAACUUAAAUAAAUUAAUUGAAUUUUGCAAUGCCAGAUUUUUUUUUUUUAAAGAAAAUUGCAUCCAAACCCAUAUGAUAUAAUUUCAAAUUAAAAUAUCUUAAACUGAAGUUAAUCAACGACGAACAAAACUGGAUGAAAAAGUGAAUAUACACAUAAACAGAUGGUCCCUUAAGCUGGCCUUUGAUCACGAAAUUUGACAUUUUGUUGAUUACUUUUUCAAAACAACCAAUGCGCCAUGGGUUUCCUAUGUACAUAGGACCUUUUGAAAAAGUAAGUGAGUUUUCCAAAUUUAUCUUACAAAGGUUAUUUGAUCUUUCGAUAAUGUUAGCCGAUCUGGCAAUCAAGCCAUGAGUUAUUGAC